GAAAAAAUUUAAUGCAGUUGGGUUGGUAUGAUCAUAAUUUUAACAUUUUAAAUGAACCCCUCAGUUCCGUACUUGUUCUAAUCUACUUGUGAUCUUGCAAUUCGCUCAGAGCAAGAUUAUGGUCAGAGAUACAGAAGAAAGAGACUUAAAGAACUUGAAACAAAUUAACACUACUUUUCUCUUUUAAAAGAAAAGGGGUUGGAGAUUUUUUCUUCUUAUUGAUUUUUUGUUCAACAGAAGAGUUGGAAUCGGUAGGGAAAAGACUAAUAAUGUCUAACAUGACUUCAUCUUCAAUCGUAACUGGGAACUAUGAGUUCUUCAAGCUUGUUCUUAACCCUCACAGCUCUAAUCGACUGAAACUUCCUGUGGAUUUUGUGCGAAAUGUAAAAUGUCAAAUCCCUACAGAAAUUUCUUUAAUCGGUCCAAGUCGGAAUGUUUGGAAAGUGCAGUUAGUUCAGGUGGAGAAUGACUAUUUCUUUGAACAAGGAUGGUCAGAAUUUGUUGUUGAUAACCACAUGAAGAAUAAGGAUUUCUGCCUUUUUGAAUAUGUUGAGGAAAAUAAGUGUCAAGUUAUGAUCUUUGAUAGCUUCGAUGGAUGUGAAAGAGAAGCUGCAUUUCAUGCCGUUCCGAGUCAAGCAUCUAGUAGUACUCCUGAUGCAACAACAAGCAAGGGGAAGGGAAAGGCAGUGGAGGAUGAAGGGAAGGAAAAUGCAGCGGAGGAUGAAGGUAUAGCUGAACCAUAUCCAGGAACUUUUGCAUCACAAAGGCGCGACAUCACAGAUGAAGACUCAUUUGUUCCGAGUCGAGCAUCUAGUAGUACUCCUUUUGAAGCAACAACAAGUAAGGGGAAGGAAAAGGCAGUGGAGGAGGAUGAAGGGAAGGAAAAUACAGUGGAGGAUGAAGGCAUAGCUGAACCACAUACAGGACCUUUUGUAUCACAAAGACGCGACAUAACAGAUGAAGACUCAUUCAUCGCGUUGGAUGCAGCAUUGGGGUUUGAAUCCAAAAACCCGUCUACUCUAAUGGUCAUGCAAACGUCCCAUGUUUACACUGAUUUUUGUGUGUCAUUGCCCAUCUCAUUCUGCAAGGUGAUUCUUCCUCCAAAUGGUGAAGCUGUGACCGUGUUUGUGAGGGAUCCUCAUGGACGAGCAUGGCAUGUAGAGAUGGCUGCAAGUGAAGAUGGUUUAUUUGCACAACUUAGUACUGGGUGGCGCGACCUUUCCUACACCAAUAACAUCGAAGCUAACGAUGUUUGCAUCUUUGAACUUGUUAAAGAAGACGAGCUGCAGUUACAUAUAUUCCGGGUCGUAGAAGAAAUCAAACCUCUGAUUAGCUGCUUGGAGUAAUCCAGAAAGCUGCACACUACUAGUAAGAUGUGGAUCACUGUAUUAACUGUUGGUUUCUAACUUUCUUGUUCAAAAUCUUCAAAUUAUGUUUGUGAAAUCUCAAUACUUAGAUAUAGGCUCUAGACUUCAUAUUGCAGAACUUGAGAAUCUUCUUUUGCUACUGCAGCAUUCUUGCUCUAAAUUUUUAUCCAGAUGGAGAAUAGAAUGCAGUCAUGC